CAACUAUUAUCACUGCAGAAAAUUGCUUAAAAAAUAGCGUAAUUUUUUUUAAUAAUGGAAGCCCGACGACUGUUCGUAUAUCAAAGAAAAGAAAUGUCGUCACAAAAUGUCGGUCUUUGUUCUGCAAGUCUGCAAGGUAGAGACUCAGACAGGGAUGGGUGCAAUGAAGAGUAAGCCAUGGCUCUUAUUUGUUCUGCUUCUUAUCCUGUCCUAUUACAGAGCAUGCUUCUCCAUAGCCGGUGAUACCCUUUCACCAGGUCAGUCUCUUUCAGGGAGCGAGACCAUAUUAUCUCCAGGUAGCAAUUUUGAGCUCGGUUUCUUCAAACCGGGCACCUCAUUAAAAAUCUACCUGGGCAUAUGGUACAAAAGGUUUGAUCGGACGGACAUUGUUUGGGUAGCAAAUAGAGAAAACCCGUUGUCUGACUCAUCUUCCUCAAGACUUGAGCUCUCCAAAGAUGGUAAUCUAGUUCUGCUUGAAGGUUCCUCCAAUAUGCCAGUUUGGUCGACAAAUUUGACACUUUCCCGGUCAAACUCAACUGAAGCAGUACUUGGUGAUGAUGGAAACUUUGUUUUAAGAGAUAGUUCCAAUCAGAAUACUACUAUCUUUUGGGAGAGUUUCGACCAUCCAACGGAUACCUUGCUGUCAGGUGCGAAGCUUGGGAUCAAUAAGGUUACUGGGAAACCAAAGCAGCUCAUUUCAUGGAGAAAUUCAGAAGAUCCGGCAGCUGGUGCGUUCUCGUUGGGGUUAAACCCAAAUGGAAGCAAUCAAAUUUUCUUGGAGUGGAACAGAUCCCAAAUAUAUUGGAGUUCUGGACUUUGGAAUGGAACAUCUUUCAGCUUAAUUCCUGAAAAGGCCGUUAUCUUCAACUACACUUUUGUGUCAAGUAAAAAUGAAAGUGAGAUAUUUCAUUUACUCUCUUUAUAAUCCUUCUAACCUUGCUAAAUAUCGGAUUGACCAAACAGGACAGAUCAGGGCACUGGCGUGGUUGUCUGGCCUUUCCAUUUGGAGUAUACUUUGGUCUGGACCGAGGAACCUAUCUGAUGUCUACGCCUUGUGUGGUGCAUUUGGCGUGGUACAGUACCCUGACAAUUUCUCAAACCCUUGUGAUUGUCUAACAGGUUUCGAACCAUUUUCGAUGAACGACACCAGUUUAAAU